UGCGUACUAACGUCAUUAUAUCGGAUUUCAUAUCACUAGAUUGUUUUUUGCUGAAAUAGAAGAAGCUCUUCAGAAUCAGAGGGGAAGAAGAAGAGAAUUAGGGUUUCUUUCUUCUUCUCUUCUGCUCUCAUAUCUCCUGAAUGAAAGAAGGGCAGGAGUAAUUCAAUAGGAGGCAAUCCAUUGUUUUGCAAUCCGGAAUCCAAUCUUAUCCUCAAAUUCUCUGCUUAUAAUCCGAGAAAAACCAGCGGCCGUCAUUUCAUCCAGCGUAAUGGCGAUGGAAACAGAGCAGAGAAGGUACAUUUCGUCUGCGGAGCUUGGAAAACACAGCUCCCGUUCGGAUCUAUGGAUCUCGAUCCAGGGUAAGGUUUACAACGUCACGGAUUGGGUGAACAAUCAUCCCGGAGGCGAAAUCCCUCUUCUCAGCCUCGCCGGACAGGAUUCCACAGAUGCAUUCAUCGCCUUCCAUCCCGCUUCUGCUUGGAAACACCUCGAUCGAUUCUUUCUCGGCUAUCAUCUCGCCGAUUACAAUGUGUCCGAUGCAUCUAAAGAUUACCGCCGACUGGUUGCAGAGUUCACUAAGCUCGGUCUUUAUGAAGACAAGGGCCAUGGAGUCCUCUUCUCACUGUUGUUCAUGUUUGUUCUCUUCUUCGUUGCAGUUUGCAUGAUCAUCAGAACCGGAAACAUUUGGGCUCAUCUCGCUUCCGGCGGGAUCAUGGGGUUUCUCUGGAUCCAAUCGGGGUGGAUCGGCCAUGAUUCGAGCCACUAUAAUGUCAUGAUAAACCCUAGAUUCAAUCGAUUUGCUCAGUUUUUGUCUGGAAAUUGCCUCGCUGGAUUAAGCAUUCAAUGGUGGAAGAGAAUUCAUAAUGCUCAUCACAUAGCCUGCAAUUGUCUCAAUUUCGAUCCCGAUUUGCAACACAUGCCUCUCUUCGCCGUCUCAUCAAAGUUCUUCUACUCCAUUACCUCCUCCUUCUACAACAGAACCUUGACCUUCGAUUCAAUCUCGAGGUUCCUGAUCAGUUACCAGCACAUAACUUUCUAUCCAGUAAUGUGCUUUGCUAGACUUAAUCUCUUUGCUCAAUCUAUUAUUCUUCUUCUAUCGAUGAAGACAAAGGUGCCGUCCCGCUUCCAGGAGAUUGUUGGAGUAAUGGUGUUCUGGACAUGGUAUCCUUAUCUGGUUUCCUUUCUCCCAAAUUGG